AUGUUUUCUGCUGUUCUCAAAGCCGUGGCAUUCUAUGCCUUUUCGUGGAUUGUUUGGAAAAUUCGCCAAAGAUUCUUCCGCAAGUCUGCACUCGACAACAUACCGGGACCACCAGCGAAAUCGCUCUGGAAAGGUGUUUUGCCCCAAGUUUUUAACGACAAUGCUUGGACCUUCCAGAAGGAAAUGGCCGAGAAAUACGGCGGUGUCGUCAACUUAACAGGGCUGUUAGGUGACGUUCAACUCUAUGUCUUCGAUCCUAUAGCCAUGAAUCACAUCGUUGUCAAGGAUACAAACACCUAUGAAGAGGCUACAAGUAUCAUCGCGUACGACGGACUUAUGUCUGAAAACGUUGUUUGGAUGUGGUCUUCUGGCAGUAGGGAACAGCACAGGAAACAGAGGAAGAUGCUGAAUCCCGUAUUUUCGAUUGCUCAUAUGCGUCAGAUGGUUCCCACAUUCUACAAUGUUGCUGACAAGCUAGGGGAUGCGAUUGCGAAGAAAGUCAAGGCCGGCCCACAGGAGUGGAUUUUUUCAUUCGACCCUUUGACGGAGGACGGCAUCCCCCACCCUUACACCGCGGCCGCAAAGCAAGUCGUACCUCUUACUUUCAAGUUUCUCAUCUCGCGGAUUUAUCUCCUUCCUAUACUCAUUAAGAUAGGGACACCAAAACUCAGGCGUUUUUUCGUCAACCUGGCGCCAUGGAAGGACCUUCGCGACCUCAGAGACCUUGUUGAUGUUCUUCACAAGACAACGGCGGAUAUCAUCGAAACUAAGAAGGCAGCACUAGCAGAGGGGGACAAAGCAGUCGCGAGGCAAAUAGGACAAGGAAAGGACAUACUCAGCAUCCUGUUGAGGGCGAACAUGUCAGCUUCAAAAGAAGGCGGUCUAUCUGAAGAAGAGCUGGGAGGCCAAAUAUCGACAUUAACCUUCGCGGCUAUGGAUACCACCUCCUCCGCGUUGUCGCGUACUCUGUGGCUUCUUGCCAAUCAUCAAGACGUACAGGAUAGGUUGAGGGCUGAGGUCCAACAGGCCAGAACGCAAGGAGAUCCAGCUUAUGACGAGUUGGUCCAUCUUCCUUACCUUGACGUCGUAUGUCGAGAAACCCUACGAUUGUGCGUUGUAGCUCUCUUUAUUUUGCGCAACGGUGCUGACCACCAUUUUUCCGGAUAUCCACCGAUCACUGUGGUCGCAAGAACCACCCGUCAAGACUCUGUUCUCCCUCUUUCCAACCCUAUCAAGGGGGUGGAUGGGAACGAGAUGCACGAGAUCAUUGUUCCCAAAGAUACGGAUGUGUUCGUUAGUAUCUUGUCCUCGAACAGGAAUUCAAAUCCAGAGAUCUGGGGACCAGAUUCCUACGAGUGGAAGCCAGAAAGGUGGCUCACGUCCAUGCCAGACGCAGUUGUUGAGACGCGUGUUCCAGGAGUGUAUUCGCAUCUGUGGGUCCCAGCUGUUGAACCCUUUUUGUCCUUGUCUAACUUGCAACAAAUUGAGGUUGUAUUGUCAGUCUUGAUAGCGUCGUUCAAGUUCUCACCGUCGAACAAAGAGGUAGUCUGGAAGAUGACUGGAAUCGUCACACCCACUACAGCAGGCAACAAGACACCAACUCCUGAAUUACCUCUCGUCGUCGAACUCGUGGCGUAA